UGGCAACUAUUUCUUAUAUCAUUUUACUAACAAUUCUGCAUGGGUAUGGGUUGGUUAAUAAAGCUUUCAGUAUUUCUCUAUUCAGUAGCCUAUGUUUUUUCGUUGGAAAGUCAGAGCCAUUUGAGGAUUUCUAACAAUGGAUAUGAGCUCUUGGUGGUGGGGGUACAUGACAGCGUGCCUGACAAUCCAGCCACCUUACAAAAACUUAAGACUAUUUUUACAAAGGCAUCAAAAGUGCUGUAUACUGCGACAAGAAAGCGAGCAUAUUUCAAGAAGGUCUUCUUUCUUCUACCCAGUACAUGGGCUAGUCGCCCAGAAUACAAGCCAUCUACCUCGGUGAAAUUAACGGGGGCGGAUAUAAUAUUCUCGGCGCCCAAAGGGGCCACAAGAAGGAGUUUUUCUCACACAAGAUCUUAUGCUGGAUGUGGACAUCAGGCGUUCCAUACACAACUAACAACGGAUGUUCUGAAUAGCAAUCACCCACUUGCACAGUCUUCCCCUGAAAAAUAUAUCGUCCAUGAGUUUGCCACGCUUCGAUAUGGUGUGUUUGAAGAAUAUCCAAACCCAGGAGAAAACGAGUUUUACUUUUCGACAACGUUUGGGAGACUCGAUCCAGUUCGAUGCACUAUAGGACUUCGUGGAAUUAUUCGAAGUUCGAAGGGAUACUGUCUUUUUUCUUCCAUCGAUCCGGAAACGGGGGAAUUUCCUCCAGGUGCCACACGACAUCGUGCAUUUUUCCGCAAAGUGUUCAUAUUAAUUCCUAGCACUUGGUCCAGUAGUUUGGCGGACCGAGAUUCUACUAGUGUCAACCUUCGAGAAGCUGACAUUAUUUUGACAAAUCCCUCCGCCGUGACUAAAAGAAGUUACCGCCGUACCAGAAGCUACGCAGGGUGUGGACACUCAGGAAUUCAUAUUCAGCUCAGGACGGAUGUUUUAUUGAAUAAUAAUCACCCACUUGUGCAACGCAAACCAGAAAAAUUCCUGGUCCAUGAAUUCGCCAAGUAUAGAUAUGGGGUAUUCGAAGAGUAUCCCAACCCGGGGGAGAACCAGUUUUACUUCUCCACCACCUUUGGGAGGGCGGAUCCAGUACGAUGUACCAUUGGGUUGAUCGGAAGAAUCGUAAAGAAGACCUCCAGUGGAAUGCAGAUUUGUACUUAUGACACUGUAGAUCCCGAAACAGGGGAAUUCCCGGAGGGCUGUAUCUAUUAUCCGUACCCCUCUCACAACAAAGGAACUGCGUCCUUUAUGGACUACUCGUAUAUCCAAGAGAUACAAGAUUUUUGCGAUGACGACCACACACCAGGACAUUUCAGCCACAACGUGGAGCCACCUAAUCGCCAGAACAGACUUUGCAGCCACCGAAGCACGUGGAACGUCAUCAGUAACACAGCCGACUUUAAGAGCGCCAAUUCUCCGACUUCUCUAUCAGACUCCCAGCUGACGCCACAGUUCAUCAUCUUUAGGGCGCCAAAUCGACGGCGGAGACGGUUAGCGGUGGUACUGGAUUCUCCACAGGAGAUUCACAAAAGACUGAGACUUCACCAAGCAGUGGACCAUUUUCUCAGUGAGGGAUUCAACUCGGAUACGAGAGUAGCCAUUAUACAUAACGAUGCCAACAGUAUGAAACUAAGAAAACUAAGGAACAGGAGAUCCUCUGUCAUCAAGUCUGUUCUACAAAACAUUGACCAGUUCUCUCCUUCAAUUUCAAAGACACAGAUUCGGAUACAAAGAGGCGUGGAGUUACUUCGGAAAAGUAAUUUAACCACUCCCGGGGUGGAACAUCAUCUGAUCUGGAUCACUUGUGACAACCAAUCAUAUGUGGAAGAAAAGGACUUUCAGAAUCUGGCAGAUCUCUAUAUCACUCCUCAUAUCAUUCACUGUGGUGGUGAUGGAAUAAAACAUUUGGAAGAAGUAACAACACAACAAGGUGGUAUUGUUGAAUCAAAAGGUCAUCAAUCAAUAUUCCAUGCAAUACAGCGUCUUUCGGACAAAUUACAUGAUGAAAAAGACCAGAUAGUACAGAUUUCGAAUGAGAAUCUAGAAAUUGACAGAGAAAAUACUCACUAUGGAAACUUUAUACUGGACGAAACCCUUCAAGGAGAAUUAGUGAUACGGAUACAUUACAAUUUCUCAGCGCCUUCUCUCCGUGUUCUAGCCCCUAACGGCUCAGAAUAUGAAUUACAAACAAUCAACAUGAAACUGAAAUACAUUCGGUUGGCUAUUCCUAUAGCUGACAAUGAGCAUGGGAAAUGGUCCUUUGCAAUUGAUAACAACUCGCCAUAUAAAGAGUCUGUGCAUAUGAUGGUCAUCUUUAGACCCCGGGUGCGGGAGGACGAGACUCCUAUUCGAACAAACGCUUGGAUAAAAGUGUUUCACGAGUAUUUGCCACCGCGUAUUGGCGUGUACGCUGAGGUCAUGUAUGGAGGUCAUCCUGUAGUGAAUUCGAAUGUCACGGCGCAUGUGUUCCAAAACAACAGAAAAGUGACUGUUAUUUCUUUGAGAGAUACUGGUGGUGGGGUUGAUAUAACGAAAGAGGAUGGAAUUUAUUCCAACUUUUUCACGGAAAUAGACUCUCAAGGAAACCAUUAUGUGGAGGUCAUAAUAGAGGAUGAUAGCAAAAAAUCAGAGAUUCACAAAACAUACGAAAUUCAAAUCCCGAGAGAAGAAGGAAUCUCCCCAGAUGACCCUGAUGUGUUUCAUGCACCAAGACUAGAACAUCAAACUGAAAAAGUAAAACUCAAGCAUGGUCUGAAAAGAUCAACAUCCUCGGGACAGUUUGAAAUUGAUCACCGAUGGAAUAUCAAGCCUCACGCUGACCAGUACCCACCUACCAGAAUCAUUGACCUAACAGUUGAUAAAGUGGACAGGAAAAAAAGAUUAGUAUACUUGUCUUGGACGGCAACGGGCGAUGAUUUGGAUACUGGACGAGCAUCUUUCUAUGAAAUUCGGUACCACAACAAUGCCACAGCACUUCUGCACUCACCCAAAGAUGCAGGGUUAGUGAAGGAGGAGGAUGUUUUAAUGGGGAAUUUAGACAGACCAAAAGAGGCUGGUCAAAUAGAACAUGUAGCUGUGAAGUUUCCGCGGGCGAUGAAGUGGGUGGCUGUUAUGUUAAGAUCGGUUGAUAAAAGCCAAAAUGUAGGAGACUUCUCUAACAUGAUAACAACAUUCUUCGAGUUGUGAAUUGUGAAUUAAUGACUGUUUGAAACGUCAACAAGAAGGAUACAGGACAGCUUUUCUAAUCUUGUAUACAGUUAAUAGUGCUGGUAUAAAAUGAAUUGUUGAACUGAAGGAAAAUGCGUAAGAGGAGAAGACAUUUUUUUAAAGUGAAAGAGUUUACACCACUACAAGGAUCUAUAUUACACUGUGAUACCAGUCUUGUUUUCAUCCGUUUUUUCAUAUCAUUUUUUCAUGAAUGUGAGCGAUUUAACAUUCUUAAAAAUAAAUAAAGAUUUUUAAUAAACUCA